UGUGCACCUUUACCUGGCCUCAACUGCUCCAUCAGCCCCUCCAAUGGUACAGCCCUGCCUGUGCCGCUAUCCUCCCGCUGCCUGGAACACAAACGCAGUCAAGCUGCAGCACACGCCACACACAGAGACAGGAGAACAGGCAGCCAAGAGACAGGCACACGUAGAGGAAGGAGGGAAACACACACCGCCAUGGGCUGCUGUAACAGAAGGUGCGGGCUGAUCGCCGGAGCCGUGGUUGGGGCACUGGUGGCCAUCCUGGGAGGGAUCCUCUUCCCCGUGGGAGACAUCAUCAUUCAGGGGACUGUGGAGACGGAAGCCGUCAUUGAGCCGGGGACGACAGCGUACGAGAACUGGGUGGCUGCAGGGGCAAAGGUGUAUCGGCAGUUCUGGCUCUUCGAUGUGAUGAAUCCGCUGGAGGUUCUGGAAUACGGCGCCACACCAGCAGUGGUAGAAAGAGGACCAUAUACCUACAUGACAAGAUAUCUCGCAAGAGACAACAUCACGUUCCACCUCAAUCACACAGUCACCUUCCUGCUGCCAAACGGUGCCAUCUUUGAGCCGUCCAUGUCAGUGGGAACAGAAGACGACAAAAUCACCUCACUCAACCUGGCGGUGGCUGGAGCUUAUUCAGCGAUUCCAACAGAGUUACAUUCAAUCGUGGAGACGCUGAUAAAGACCACCAACUCUUCCUUAUUUCAGCGCCGCACAGUCAAAGAGCUGCUUUUUGGAUACACAGAUCCCAUACUGAGAGGAGAUGUGGGCUUCUUCUUAGAUUACAAUCAAACAUACGAUGGCCCCUAUGAUGUCUUCACUGGGAAAGAUGACAUCGCAAAAGUGGGAAAGAUCGACAUGUGGAAAGGAAGCAGGAGUUUAGGUUUCUGGAAUGAUGAAUACUGUGACAAGCUUAAUGGGACAGAUGCUUCCUCCUUCCCUCCCUUUGUGAACAAGAAGGAACCGCUCUUUUUCUUCUCCUCGGACAUCUGCAGGUCUGUGUCGGCCAGCUAUGAGAGUACUAUGAAUCUGAAAGGAAUCGAUGUGUACCGAUACUCACUUCACCCAUCCACCCUGGCCUCCCCUUUGGACAAUCCAGACAACAAAUGUUUCUGCUCAAACAUGAAGACCACCAAAAAUUGCACAUUGGCCGGAGUGCUGGACAUCAGUACCUGUCAGGAAGGGAGGCCUGUUUAUAUCUCGCUGCCCCACUUCCUGCAUGGCAGUCCAUCACUGCGGACGGAUGUUAUUGGCUUAAACCCCCAUGAAGAGCACCACAAAACCUUUCUGGAUGUUGAACCUACCACUGGGUUUACUCUGAACUUUGCCAAGAGAAUUCAAGUGAACAUGAUGUACGGACCAUCAAAAGUCAUCACGGUGCUCAAGAAAGUAAAGGACUACACCAUAUUCCCUCUUGUUUGGCUAAAUGAGACAGCGACACUGGAUGAUGAAACAGCCGAGAUGUUCAAGAAGGAGCUCAUAUCUCGUAUCCAGAUGUUGGACAUCAUACAGCAGGUGCUCCUGGGUGUCGGUAUUGGCGUCUUCAUCCUGUGUCUUCUUGGUUACUGUAUUGUGCGGAGGAGCCAUAACAAAAAUGAGUUUGCGUAGUAAAUCGCAGGUUCACCAGUUUGUUGCGCAUAUAACCACAGUGCAUUCAAACCGCCAGGCGACAUCAACCCUUUUUGAUAUAGACUUGUAAUUUUUUGCAGUCUCUGUCUUAUUUAUAAAGUCAGAUCUCCUUUUAUUUGAAAAAGGGAGGAAUACUGUGAUUUUUUUAACCGCUCAGGAGAGCUGAAUUUCUUUGCCAAUUCUUGUUUUGAUUUCAAACACUGUAACACGAACUGAAUCAGGGAUUUCCUGAGGGAGAAACAGAAACUUCCUUCAGCUGUCAGGUAAACCCUUUAUGUCUCCAGGCAGAGAGAAAUGGGUUUAUUUGACACCCUAUGACUGAAAGGUAGAAGCGCAAAUGUGCAUAUACUUUGCUAGGGUAGUGUGUUCAAAAUGAAUAAAAGUCAGAAAAAGAGUUUUCA